GGGACUGAUGUAGGUUAAGAAAUGAAUAUGCCGUAGAUUCAGUUUGCUCAUAAUUCAUGCUUUAUGUGUACAUAAACACAUGGAAAAAUAAGUCAUUAUCAAAUUGACUGUAGCUCUGAUCAUGGGUCUUAAAAUACCUAACAUCCAACACAUCAUUUCACAAUGAAUUCAAAUGUUUUACAAAUAAAAUUAACCAAACUCUCCAUGCAGUUUAAUUGAUUACUGGCAGGCCCAUGAUGGAGAUUUUUUUCUAUGGCUCUGUGUAUCUUAUCGUGUAUGUAUGUCUUGUUGAGCAAUAGCCGAGGUUGUGAAAAUAUCGUGCAUUCUUUCUGUUCUCACUAACAAGUCAUUUCCUAAUCAGCCCAAAGGAAAUAGCUUGUUGCAGGAAACAGAGUGAGCUGUCUUUUGCAAAUGAUAAUGCACCAUCAUGCAAGCGGAUCAGAGUCAAAUAACAUCCAUGGACGCGGACACAGCUUUUCUCAAAUCUAAGAGGGGAAUCCUGAAAGUAGCAGAGAUGGUGACUCUGUUUGUGGCAUUUGUGUGUUUCGCUGUAGGCUCUGGACCAAAGUACAUUGCUGCCACAGUGCUGGAGUUUCUGAUCACUUCAUUGCUGCUGUUGCUGUACCUGCUCAAACUCAACAAGAGGCUGACUUUCUUCUUUUGGCCUCUCAUUGAUGUUUUCAAUUCAGUCUUUGCAGCAGUCUACUUUAUUGUCUUGAGCCUGAUGGCUUUGACAACAUACGCUUUCACAGGCACAAUGGUUGGAGGGAUAGUUGGUUUGAUGUCAGCUGGUCUGCUCUGUAUGGACAGCUACACGGUUUUCAAGAGCAUCACAUUCAACAAGCCAAGAAAUGCAACCCAGAGUCAAAACAACGAACGAAUAAACCAGUUACAGUAAAUUAAUACAGCAUACUAUGUGAGUGUUGACGAAUUCAAAUCCCCCACCACUGAUUACUUUCCCAUGGGUCGGGAAAUCUGUAUAAAAAGUGUCUACCACUUCGAGGUUUGUAACAGUUUUCAGCAUAUUUAAGAUUCCAGCUGUAAUUCAAAAUGUUGCUGCGACUUAUUUGAAAGAUGUAUCAGAGACUCUUAAACUUGACAUAA